CUUGCUUCAGAAGUAAGCUUUGAAGAUGUCCGAGUUUCCGACUGAUCUCGAGAGAAAAGUUGCUUCUUCUCUUCUCCUACUUUCCACCGAUCCGGUACUCUCCUCGCCAUCGAGAUCUGGAUCUGAGAAAAAAUCGGUUGAGAAGAGCAAGAGGAAUUGCCACGACAGCUUGAGCUUGAGCUUGGUGUCUACUGGAUCCAGAUCUUGUGGUUCGUCCUUGUCCAGCGAUGGUUCGUCUCAGAAGAGCAACGAUCGCGGCUUCAAAAUCAACUCCAUGGACGUUACUUACCAUCUCUUUAAGCUCAAGCCUGUGAAAAAGCGGCGUUCGAAGGUCUUUUGGAGCUCCAUCAAUCUGAAGAAUCCGGUGUUUGAUCUCUCAAUAUGCUCAGACGAUUCCAAAGAGGAAUCAUGCUUGUCAAGCAAAUGGAGAAAUAAAUAA